CCGGUCUUUCUCACUUUUUUCCUCAUCAAUUUCUCAUUUUUUCUUCUUUCUGCAAAUUUUUAUUUUCCCGGAAAAUCAUCACUGAGAAAAAUGCUCGCUGUGUUUGAGAAGACGGUGGCGAAUAGCCCUGAAGCUUUACAAAGUCCACACUCGUCUGAGUCUGCUUUCGCUUUGAAAGAUGGAUCUCUCGCGACUCAUUUCGCUUCCGUGAAUCCUAACUCCGUCACGCUUAACUUCGGAUCUUCUGGAUUUGUUGCUUACUCUCUUGAUAAUCAUGAUCCUCGUGUUCCUAGAUUAUUUGCGGUGGUGGAUGACAUUUUCUGUCUCUUCCAAGGACACAUUGAGAACCUACCGUUUCUGAAGCAGCAGUAUGGUUUGAACAAAAUCACAAACGAGGCCAUCAUUGUGAUUGAGGCUUACAGGACGUUACGUGAUCGAGGUCCUUACCCUGUGGACAAAGUUGUCAGAGAUUUCCAUGGAAAGUUUGCAUUUAUCCUCUUCGAUAGCACCAAGAAAACCGUCUUCGCUGCUGCUGACGCAGAUGGAAGUGUGCCGUUCUUUUGGGGUAACGAUGCCGAAGGGCAUCUUGUUCUUUCUGAUAACACUGAGAUGAUGAAGAAAGGUUGCGCUAAAUCUUAUGGUCCUUUUCCUAAAGGUUGCUUCUUUACGUCGUCUGGAGGACUGAGGAGCUUCGAGCACCCAAAGAACGAGUUGAAGCCAGUGCCGAGAGUGGACAGCUCGGGAGACGUGUGUGGUGCAACUUUCAAGGUUGACGCUGAGACUAAGAGAGAGGGUACCAAAAUGCCUAGAGUCGAUAGCUCCCAAAAUUGGGCCGGUCAUAUCUAAACCGGAAUCAUACAAAAAUCAUAAGCUGCAUCUUCCUCUUGUCUUGUCCCCUCUCCUUCGUUACAUGUUUGAGUGACAUUGAGACAAUAUUCACAGCACAGUGUUCUCUCUCUCUAUUACGUUUAUGUACAUGUUUGAGGUGGGAUUUGGAAAGGAUGUCGAGUUUUGUGAAACUGUGGAACCAUGAGACUAGACUAUUGUUUCUCUGUUUGCGUUUCUUAAAUCAAUAAAUAAAUAAGUUUUUGUUUC